ACUGACAGCAGCUGCCUUUUGCUUUUGCUAUCGAUCAAAAAGUAAAUAAAGAAAAUCAAAAUCGUUGAAGCGAAUCAUCGCUCUUCUCUUUUUUCCUGCGUGAAAUAAACUUUGAUAAAAGUGCACCGUGCUCUUCGUGGUGUGACCAGCUCGUGCCAGUGCUCGGGCCUUCGAUCGUCACGGGUUUGAUAACCAAGUGCGAAGGCCACACACCACUUUCGCUCUGGACACGAAUCCCCACCCCAAAGCACAACAACAAAGGCGGAACGUCCACCACGGACCACGAUGGAAUGCGAUGACGCAGCAGUCGAGCGGCAAAAGCUGGUCUCCAACGACGAGGAGGACGACCAGACCAUUACGAACUUGAGUUCCAGCGGGCCAGCUAAAUCUAUUCAAACACCGAUUUCGCCUGUCCUGAGCAGCAAGAUUUUCUCCAGCGGGGAAACCAGCCGCAGUGGCCACACUGCCAGCCUGGGGAAGCCCAGCGAAGGGGCACCGUCGGCCAAGCUGAAUUACGUCAACGAGCGACGGAAUCAGGAACAGAAAGCCAAACCGAAGAAGGUUCCCCAGCGAGACCUCACCCCGUCCAGUGCGGUCAGUUCUGGCGGUGGUGGUGGCGGCGGCGGUGACGCCGGAAGUGGUAGCAUCCCCUCGGCUAGUCACUCCCGGUAUCGGGGAGCUUCCCUUCUGCGUGCUUCCGCCGAGCACUCGCUGGCCAACAGUAGCGUCGGGGGUGGCGGUGGUGGUGGAAGCCGGCAGCACUCGACCGCGGCCACGGCCAACAGUAGUUCGAUUAGUUUGAACAAAAGUCACAGUUUUACGUCACGCCCGCUAAAGCACCACUCUUUCAUCUCAGAGGUUCCGGACGUGCGGCACAUGGAGCGGGCCCUGCUGGGCCUGCUGGAUGACUUCCACUCUGGGAAGCUGAAGGCGUUUGGUUCCGGCUGCACGAUGGAGCAAAUGACGAGCAUCCGCGAGCAGCAGGAGUCGCUAGCGAAGUUGCACUUUGACCUCGGCAACGAGCCUUCCUUUUUCGCCAGCAACGCGGCCCACAAUGAGACGCAAUCGCAGACCAACAUGCAAAAGCUGGUCGCCAAGCUGGAGCAGCUGUCGUUUUCCAUCGAGAAGCUCCACUCGAGCAACGUUGAGCAAUAAACAGUUAUAGUCAUAUAGCGAUUUAGAGAGGUGAGUUCUUUGGUGGCCGUUUGGGGAACCGAUUUUAGGGUUAGAAUGCUUUUUAGAUUGUUGGUUCUUUAGACCAAAUUGCAAAAUUGAUUCCAGAAAAGACCAACGAAUGCUUAGAAUUUAAGGUGAAUUUUUCGAUUGGUUGGUUGAGACCUUAUUGCGGAUUUAAAAUUUUAUUUCUUUUAUUGUGAGUUAUCGGUUCGUUUCCGUCUUUCUUUAGAAACCAUUUGUUCGUUCGUACGAAAAAAGGAUUGUGAUCAAAUUCAAAUAAACUUCUGUUUUUAUACAUACAUGA